CAACAGCAGCAGCAGCAGUGCCGGGAACUGGAGACAACCGCAGCCCGGCCAAUGGCUCUGCGGCAGAGCAGCAGCAGCAGCAGCAGCAGCAGCAGCACGCUUUGGGCGAGAGUGAGGGCGCUGGGAAGGCCUCAAGAGCGGAAGAAGCAUCUGCUGCUGCCCCAUCCGGGAGCGGAGCAGCAGCUGACGAGGCAGCAGCAGCAGCAGCAGCAGCAGACGCGCCAGGUGACUCAGGACCCCGGGGGGGCCCCCCUGAGGGGGCCCCCCUACCUGCAGGGGGGCCCCGUGAGGGCCCCCAGGGGCCCCCCGCCAGUACCCAGUUUGCCCAGGAAGGAGUUUUAGCAGCAGCAACAGACUUUUGCGUGGAUGCAGCAGAGGCCCUUUUGGAAGACUUUGAAGUUCCUGUUUGCUGCUGCCACGAGGGGGGGCCGGGCUGCAGCAGCAGCUGCAGAGCAGCAGCAGCAGCAACAGCAGCAGCAGCCCUCAGGACCCUGCAGGAGGGCCCCUCCGCCAGCCCGGGGGCCCCCCAGAGGGCCCUUAGCUGCCCAGGGGGGCAGCAAGAUUGUGCAGCAGAAUGGGGCCCCCACUGGGGCCUGCGGCGCUGCAGCAGGAGGGCCCGCGCGCUGCAGCAAAGCAGGGCGCUGCGUGCUGCUGCUGCUGAAGAAGCAGCAGCAGCAGCAGCAGAAGACGAGGGCCUCGGCUCCGAGGGCAGCACGGACUCUGGUGCCGGGGCGGGGCGCAGCAGAGGCAGCAGCAGGCAGCAGCAGCACCGGUCCAAGGGUUGCUACCACGGGGGCCAAGCCGCAGCAGCAACAGCAGCAGCAGCAGCAGCCGCUGCUGCUGCUUCGUACUGCGCAGCAAAGAAGCGCCAAGAAGGGGGCCCCCUGCAAAAAAGUCAGAGACUGUGA